AAAAUGUGAUUAAAAAAGUAUUCUCUAAUCGGGGCCUUUAUUGUUGGGAAUUAUAUGCUGACCUGUGGACACUUAUUUAUCUGUAUUCUGUUGUAUCAUAUAAUGUUACAGAUAAUGGUGCAAACCUGAAUUAUACAUAUGUAGACAAAUACCAUGCUGCAGCAGAGGAAUGCGAAAGACAAGGCUCGUUUAUAAAAUGGUAUUCUGACAGUUUAUGUGAGACAACUGAUUUUCCAAUAUAUUGGACAAGUGGAACAAGAUAUACAGAAACCUUUCUUCUUAGAAAACCAUACAUUACAGAAAACCUUCAACCAGAAAAAUGUUUUCUUUUGACAAAAGAGAGAGAAACGAAAGAUGAAGAAAAAUGUCAUGACAAUAGAAAGUUAAAGCGAUUUUUUUGUAGAUUCGGGACAGAUGAGGAUAAAGGGGAUAUAAUUUCGAUUCCAGACCGUUCGAUGAACCCACAGAAAAGUGUUCAGUCUGACGAUUCGGGAAGCAUAGCAGCUGGAACUGUAACAUCAAUUGUAGUUGUUAUUGCCGUGAUUUCAGUUCUGGUUUUCAUAUAUCGGCGAAGAAAGAAACCAACCUCUCACGAAUCACAAAAUAACAGUCGUCUGCAAGAUACAGUUGGGUUGCCUAGUAACCACGAAAUAUCGAAGGCUCCAAUAUACCAUGAAAUCGACAAUGAAAACUUUGGUCCACGAAGUGGGAAGUUGAAUUGUUCUCGUGCAGUUAAUAACAUUACCUAUGAUCAGACUCCGAAUCCGAAAAUUGUGAAUCACAGCGCAAACAGUUCUAUUUUGACAAAUGUGAACUCCAUUGAGCAUCAAAGAAAAGUUGGUCAUACCGAAUAUGAUAUGCCAAAACUCAUAAAUGAAACCGGAAAUUCUUCUGACGGUGCAAAUUUAAGCAACUACUGUCUGGCAGAACCAAUUGCAACUAACACUGAAGAAGAAUUAGAUCCGUACGAUAUCAAUAAGGACUAUGAUCAUCUAAAUAACGUACAGAAGAAAGAAGACCAGAUCACAAAAGUAUACGACCACCUACCGACAGCAGUUACUGAUGACCCUACUUACGAUCACUCUAAUCUUAAGAGUGCUUUAGACAAUGAGGACUUUUAUGACCAUUUCAAGAAUGAGGGAGAUAAUGAUUGAUACAAAUGUAUUUCAUACCAGUAUGCCCCGAAACUAUAAACGUUUUGAAAUUAUAAAAAAAUGUACUAAUUUCUUGCCUACUAAUUUUAAAACUUGUAAAGAUAUCCUCAUAAAGUUUGUUUUCCAAA